AUGUCUGAUCUCCCAAGUAAUGCUUCCACCCAUAGGUUCAGGGUCAAGGCAGGCAUCAAUCGCAAGAACCCAGAACAACGUGCGGCCGCUAUACAAGCUGAAGCACUUCGUCUGGCAAAUCAGAUACAGCCACAGGCUUCUCCGGCACAGCAAGAUGCGGCCAGACGGACAGCUUCUACACAAAGAGACGCUAGAGUCAAGACUCAGAAUACAGCAAGUGUAUUCGGUUCAGGCGCUGGGGCUACGAGUUCUAAAUCGAAGAACGCUCAUGCAGUAAGCGGAACCGAGGAGUUGAUCCAAGGAGCUGAAGGUGGAGAAAGCGUUUCACUUGAGAGGGAACGCCUCGGAAAAGCCAGAGCCGUGGCCAGCAACGAAGAGAAGCCAAUAUCUGCCAAUCAGAAGAAGUCUGGAAGACAGGCCAAAACUACCGCCAAGAAAGAGGAUGCAAUCUACUUCUCUGAUGGAGACGUAGAAGGACAAGAGGGCAAACCCGUCGACAUUGAGGACAUUGACAGGAUUUCCAUUUCAUCAGACGGGGACGAAGAAGUAGAUGACGACAUCGUGCUCUCGCGCAGGAGACGGGUCAACAAGACUCCAAAGCCAACUCUGGGUUUGAGACCUGUGCGAGCCGUGAGAGAUACUCAUGUAAGAGACGACACCGAGAAUGAAGCAUACACGAAGGUCAGAAGAAAAGCGAAGGGGAUAGACCCCCAAAAAGCUGAUAAGGACCAUGGAGACACAAUGGAUGUGGACGAAGAAGACGAAAACAUCGCAGUCACAGCAGAGCAAACAACCCCUCCACUUGCAGACAAGUCGAACCUUCCAUCACAGAGUCCCACCAAGCGACGAAGAAAGUCCAGUACCAAAGGCCUUAAACCUGAAUUCGAGACCAUUGAAGAGCGUGCAGAAAGGGCAAGGUACGCAUCCGACCUACGAAGAUUGAAAAACGAACUAGCCCCGGGGACGCAUGAGCAUCAUCAGGGCGACGAAAAGUCCCAUGAAGCAGCACCUCUGAGUGAUCCGAGAGAAGGCGGCCUCUACCUCUUCCAAUUCCCACCCCUGACGCCCAUGCUCAUCAACCCCUCCCAACCACCAAAACAGCCCGAAAUCAAAUCCGAACCCACCACAACCUUCACCGAACCCAACGCUCCUGCCUCAGCCUCAGCUCCAGCCCCCGCAGAACCCCAGGUCAAGAAAGAGGACGGUGCAGAUACCAAGACACCUCUAACCACUACCAGCGCUACCGAACCCGAAAGACCUCCACUCCUCACGGCGUGCAAUCCCUCAUCCCUCCCCGCCGGUCUAGCCGGUAAACUCCACGUCCACCAAUCCGGCAAGGUGACCCUAGAAUGGGGACACGGCGGCCACACGAACGAAGCGACAAAUCUGGAGGUGAAAUGGGGCGCCGAGGUGGAUUUCCUGCAGGAUGUGGUUCUCCUCGCCUCUUCUUCCUCGCCGUCUUCUGCUGCCGGUGGUGGCGGUGGUGGUGGUGAUGGAGGUGAUCAGUCCGUGAGCGGGGGUUUCGAUGGAGGAAAAAAGGCGUGGGCGCUGAGUCAGGUGAGGAAUAAAUUCGUCGUGGUGCCGGACUGGGGCAGGAUUUAUGAAUGA